GUUUCAUGAAAUAACAUUGCAGAUGUGAGUGGUCAAGCUUUGGAAAGGAGGCUUUGAACACCUGCAUGCAUCAUCCUGGAUUUUCUGUCCACCGGUGGGAGUGAUAGAAUUCAGCAGCAAAGUUUCUGCAAAGCAAUCAUGGACAGUGGGGUUACUCACCGCCUGGGAAAACUUGGAAAUGCCCCAAAGGGUACUGCCAAAGAAAGGCCUGAAAAUGUCACACCUGUGAAGCAGAAGCCCUCCAAGGAGCUGAGGCCCAUGCUCGGGGCCAUCUUGCUGGGCCUCAUGCUGUUCAUCGCCGCAGUGGUGGCCUGGUGCUACUACACGGUGUCCCUGCGGAAGGCGGAGCGGCUCAAGACGGAGCUGAUGGACCUGCGGGCGGACGGCUUCGUCAUCAGGAACCAGCACGGGGAGGUGGUGUUCCGGCUGGCCUUCCGCUCGGGCAGCCUGGACCUGGAGUCGUGCUCCAAGGAGGGCGAGAUCCUGAGCUGCACGCGGUCCAGCCGGGGGCCGCUCAACUUCUUCAUCCAGACGGUGAAGCCCAAGGACACGGUGAUGUGCUACCGCGUGCGCUGGGAGGAGCUGGCGGCCGGCCCGGCGGUGGAGCACACCAUGUUCUGGGAGGACGCCCACUGGUACGGGGGCUCGGAGAUGAGCACCCAGCACUGGCCCAUCCGCCUGGCCGGCUACCAGGAGCCCGUGCCCUACGUGACCAGCGACGUCUACUCCUUCCGCGACAGCUUCGGCGGCAUCCUGGAGCGCUACUGGCUCUCCUCCAAGGCGGCGGCCAUCAAGAUCAACGACUCCGUGCCCUUCCACCUGGGCUUCAACGCCACCCAGCGCGCCCUCUUCUUCCAGGCCCGCUACAAGGACUCUCCCUACAAGCCCCCGCCGGGGCAGCCGCCCUUCCCCGAGCUCAGCUACCGCGUCUGCCUGGGCUCCGACGUCACCUCCAUCCACAAGUACAUGGUGCGCAGGUACUUCAACAAGCCCUCCAAGAUCCCCGCCGAGAAUGCCUUCCGAUACCCCAUCUGGUCCACCUGGGCACUCUACAAGAAAGAUAUAAACCAGGAUAAAAUUCUGCAGUUUGCGAGAAACAUUAAGAAGUACCGUUUUAAUUGCAGCCACAUAGAGAUUGAUGACAUGUACACCCAAGCCUAUGGGGACUUUGACUUUGACCCUGUCAAGUUCCCCAAUGUGACAGAGAUGUUUGCAAAACUGAGGGAAGAUGGCUUCAAGGUCACUCUGUGGACUCACCCUUUCAUAAACUACAAUUCCUCCAAUUUUGGUGUGGGGAUUGAGCGUCAGCUGUUCAUCAAGGAGCCGUCGGGGCGGCUGCCGGCCAUGGUGGAGUGGUGGAACGGCAUUGGGGCCAUCCUGGACUUCACCAACCCAGCAGCCCGGGACUGGUUCCAGAGCCACCUGCGCCAGCUCCGGCACAAGUACGGCAUCUCGUCCUUCAAGUUUGAUGCGGGCGAGACCAGCUACCUGCCCAAGCAGUUCAGCACCUUCCGCCCGCUCUCGGACCCCAGCAUCUGGUCCCGGCGCUACACGGAGAUGGCCAUCCCCUUCUACGAGCUGGCCGAGGUGCGGGUGGGCUACCAAUCCCAGAACAUCUCCUGCUUCUUCCGCAUCAUCGACCGCGACUCCGUCUGGGGCUACGAGCUCGGCCUCAAGUCCCUCAUCCCCACAGUGCUCACCAUCAGCAUGCUGGGGUACCCAUUUGUACUGCCAGAUAUGAUUGGAGGGAACUUCCUCCCCAACAAGACAGAGGGGGCAGAGGAGAUCCCCGACCGGGAGCUGUACGUGCGGUGGCUGGAGCUGUCGGCCUUCAUGCCCUCCAUGCAGUUCUCCAUCCCGCCCUGGCUCUACGACAAGGAGGUGGUGGAGAUCGCCCAGAAGUUCACGGAGCUCCACGAGUCGCUGGUGGCCCCGCUGCUGCUGGAGCUGGCCGGGGAGGUCACCGACACAGGCGACCCCAUCAUCCGGCCCAUCUGGUGGAUCUCGCCUCGCGACAAGGCCACUCACAGGAUCGACUCCCAGUUCCUCAUCGGGGACACCCUCAUGGUGGCCCCUGUCCUAGAGAUGGGCAAGCAGGAGCGGGAUGUCUACCUGCCGGCGGGCAAGUGGCGCAGCUACAAGGGGGAGCUGUUUGAGAAGACGCCAGUGCUGCUCACUGACUAUCCCGUUGACCUGGAUGAAGUUGCCUAUUUCCUCUGGGUAUCCUAACAUGGUCCUCAUCAGUGUGCAAUGGACUCAGUGAUUGAUUAACCAACAGCUUUAAUGACCUGGGACUUUGUAUAUUUUUUUAUGUAGAAGUACUUCCUUAUGAAAUUUGAAGAUAACACUGAGACUUCUGUUUUUUGUGGCAAGUGGUGCUCAAUAACUAAUUAAUAUUUGUUGGAUGGGUGUCUUUGUUAUUGCAGUGUGACAAGUGCAAUGUACAGAAACACAGUCUCUGCUCAUAAUCUUUUCCCACCAAGAAAUGCCAUGCACGUUUCUUGUUUAUAAAGGAAAUUACAUGGA